AUGGAGGUGGCCGCAAGUCGAGACUCAGCUCCUGUUGGUCCGCCUACAGGGCCUGAUGCCACAAUCACCAAUGGCGACCAAGAUCUUCUACUGGAUGAUUCGCUCAUGGACGAUGGACGUUCAAGUAGUCUGAGCGACAUCGACGAUGUCUUGGAUAAUGAACCCUCGGACUACGAAGAGUCGCCCAAGCCCGAGAAGUUAGCAGCAGAGAAUGACUCUGAAGCUGAGACGGAGCGCAUCGAAGAUUCCCCGAAUCAUUUUCGCAGAACCAACAUUGUCGUGAGCAGUUAUGGCCCUAGCCCCAGCAAAUUGGCCCAAUCGACGACGUACGAUGAUGCCGUGGACGGGGACGACCAAAUUGAGGAUUCACCGAGCAAACCUCGCUCUAAGCCCAACGGAAUCCUUGAAUCCGCCGAAGACAUACUCGGUUUGGAAGACUCUACAUUAUCCGAAGGUACGGGAAAGAAGCGCAAACGACCCGAGUCUGGCGCGGAUGUGGAAGGCGAGACGGGUGACGAAGGCGAACCGCCUCAGAAACGCCGCGGGUCGGUGAAGAGUGAAUUGAGCGAUCCUCCGGCAGAUGACAGUGCGCUGUCUCCGGAGCCCAUUGAAGAAGUAAUUAAAGCGAACGAGGAAGAUAACCCGGCCGAUGACCUUCCCGAGUCGGACCUACCCACGGCGCCCGCCAAAAACAGAAAAGGCAAGAAGGGAAAGCGAAAAGGGCGAAAAACACGCGAUACGGCUGAUGAUGACAUGGAUAGUGGUGCCCUCGAGACGGGUGCGGAGGGUCCUGUGGAUGAUGGCGAUGACGAAAAUAUUGAACGUGGAGAGGACGCCGACGAUGGGGAAGCAGCCGCCAAGCUCGAGGAAGAAUCUUCUGAAGCAGCUAAGAGAAUGUCCGCGAUGGAAUCUUUAGCGAUCCUUGAAAAGGAGUUCGCAGCCCUACGUGACAAGAUAUAUGACGAAAGGAUAUCCAAAUUGAAUCGAGAAUUGGAAAUGCUUACUGGCCCGAACCCGACUCACCCCGAAUACCUGCGUCAGCUCGAGUGUGUUAAACGACACCGUGAUGCAAAGAUAAAAUACGAACACACCUUGUUUCAGUACCGAAUCCAAGCUCUCAUGAACAAGAGUCUGGCAGAGCGUGCUCAAACGCAUAGCACGUACUUCCAGCGAAUUCGGGACAUUCGGGAGAAACACUCAAGUGCUGUCAGCAAGCACUUUUACGCUAUUCAGCACGAUCGAUUCAAGUCAGAAGAGCUGAGUGCGCAGCACUACAUACCUUUUCCCACCCGGCGUUCACAACAAAUCGCCCACCAAACAGCUUACAACCAAGAAGUGUCUAUCAUGGCUGGCGUCGCCAAAUACGUGGGUUUCCCAGCGGCACCUUCAUUGGCACCUGCGCGACCGUCUGAACUCGAAGAAGAUAUGGAGAAGAUGGGGGUGAGCUUAAUUCUUAGAACCUGCUUUGCUUACCUUGAGCUAACUUAUAUGUCUGGACAGAUUUCCUUCGAGACCAGGGCACCUACUUCACAGCCUUCGACGAACCUACCACGUGGAGCCAUGCCAUCCAUGUCCUCAAAUGCCUUUCGUACAGCUGCGGAGGAAGCUUUCCUUGAGCAGACUCCUUGGGCCAAUCCUCAGCACCCCAUUCACCAUCACCACCAUCACCACCACCAACAACAUCAUCAUCAUCAUCAUCAAAUCCAGCCGGGUCCGCACAGUCGAGUAUUUGAAAAUCCACACGCCUCGUCAUUCACCACUCCAGCCGCACAGAAACGAGUGGUCGAUAUUAACGCUCCCAACGGCUCGGCCUCCACGAUAGCGGAGAAUCUGUCGGCUGCAAAUUCCUCAGCGAAUAACACACCAUAUGGAGCAGAACAGGACCAUCAGCGCCAUGGUCUUGCCCAUUUUGGUGUUCCCGACUAUGAUGCGGACCGCAAGUCUGGAUAUCGAUCACUAAGCUCUUCCCCGCUCGAUGUGCGAAAGCCGCACCCGGCGUAUGCUACCCUCGACCAUCGUGCUUCCCAAGCCACAUCGUCUCGAAAUCCCCCCUUCUCACCACAACCCGCCCGCGUGGGGCUUUUCCAAUCGAAUGCUUCAAAACACGAUUCUUCGCCUCCUCUCUCUUCGAAACAAGUCAAUUCCAUGCACCCAUCCACUGGGAUACUGACUGGCUCGGGCUCUAGUCACAUGACAGCUCGAUAG